AAAUUUUCAACGAAAAAUCAAAGGUGUCUGUGUGGAUUAAAAAAUAUUUAUUUUCUCUCUGAGAAAAAGAAAGACGAAGGAGGCGUAAACAGGGUUCUGACUUCUGAGAAAAGCAGUGGUGAAAAGUUGCAUCUGGAGGAGACGGAAAAAGUUAGACCCAAUAAAUAUCUCAUUAUGCUUUUUAUGAAACUGUCCGGGUGAUCUUUAGAAACUCUGAGGUGAAGGCUGGUGUGAUGGAGAGUGAAACGAUCUUCAUGGAAGUAUCAGAACAAUUGCUGCAUGAUUCAAAUAAGUUUAGAGCCAUUCAACCUGUGGAGAGCGAUUCAAACCCUGAAUGGAAGGACCAGAUCACAAUGAGAGGGCUGGUGGUGAGCACGAUGUUGGGGAGUCUUUUCUGCAUCAUCAUUCACAAGCUCAAUCUAACAACCGGGAUCAUCCCAUCCUUGAAUGUUGCUGCGGGGCUGCUAGGCUUCUUUUUCAUCCAGUCCUGGACUGGCUUCUUGUCUAAGUUGGGAUUUAGGGUUACCCCCUUUACAAGGCAAGAGAACACCGUCAUCCAGACUUGUGUCGUCGCUUGCUAUACCCUCGCUCUUACCGGGGGAUUCGGUUCAUAUCUGAUAGCAAUGGAUGAGAAAACAUAUGAACUCACUGGAGCCAAUCACCCUGGGAAUCGGGCACAAGAUGUUAAAAAUCCAAGCUUGGGGUGGAUGACUGUUUUCUUGUUUGUCGUCAGCUUUGGUGGCAUCUUUACUCUUGUUCCACUUCGUAAGGUUAUGAUCAUGGAUUACAAACUUACAUAUCCCAGUGGGACAGCCACAGCAAUGUUGAUAAAUAGUCUUCAAACUAAAACUGGCGCAGAGCUUGCCCGGAAGCAAGUACGUUCUCUUGCGAAGUAUCUAAGUAUAAGUUUUGUUUGGAGCUGUUUUAAGUGGUUCUUUAGUGGUAUUGGAGAUUCAUGUGGGUUUGACAACUUUCCUAGCUUUGGACUAACACUAUUUAAGAACACGUUUUAUUUUGACUUCGGUUUAACCUAUGUUGGAUGUGGUCUUAUCUGUCCUCGCAUAGUCGUUUGUUCAGUUCUUCUUGGGGGUAUCAUAUCAUGGGGUUUACUCUGGCCCUUCAUAUCCCAACAGGCAGGGGACUGGUAUCCAGCAGACCUCGGUAGUAAUGAUUUUAAAGGUCUUUAUGGAUACAAGGUCUUUAUUGCUAUUGCUCUCAUUCUUGGGGAUGGUCUCUACAAUUUAAUCAAGAUUAUAGGCAUGACUCUUAAAGAAAUUUACAAUAAUAUUAGCAAACGGAGCAACCUUCCUGUUGUUAAAGAGGUACUAAAUGGUGAGAGUUCUGAAGAAUUGAUGGAGCAAAGAAAAAGAGAUGAGGUAUUUCUCAAGGAUAGAAUACCAACUUGGCUUGCUGGUUCUGGAUAUCUCGUCCUAGGGGCAUUAUCGGUAGCAACAUUGCCCAUCAUCUUUCCCCCUUUCAAAUGGUAUUUGGUUCUCUUCUCAUACAUCCUUGCUCCUAUCCUUGCCUUCUGCAAUUCCUAUGGCACUGGCCUCACAGACUGCAGUUUACUUUUUACAUAUGGGAAAAUUGGUCUUUUUGUAAUUGCUUCAUUAAUCGGAAGUGAUGGUGGAGUUAUAGGCGGUUUAGCAUCUUGUGGGGUGAUGAUGUCCAUUAUUGGUACAGCAGGCGAACUCAUGCAAGACUUCAAGACAGGUUACCUGACUCUGUCCUCACCCAAGUCAAUGUUCGUCAGUCAGCUAGUGGGAACAGCCAUGGGUUGUGUAAUUGCUCCAUUAACGUUUUGGUUGUUUUGGACUGCCUUUGACAUUGGGGCGCCUGAUGGCCCAUAUAAAGCACCACAUGCUGUGAUAUUUAGGGAAAUGGCGAUUUUAGGUACUGAAGGCUUCUCUAAGUUCCCGAAGCACUGCUUGGCUUUGUGCGGUGGGUUUUUCAUGGCAGCUCUGGUUAUAAACCUCCUGAGGGAUGUGAUUCCCAAGAGAAUAUCACGAUUCAUUCCUAUUCCAAUGGCCAUGGCAAUUCCAUUCUACAUCGGAUCAUAUUUUGCCAUAGACUUAUUUGUUGGGACAAUGAUAUUGUAUAUAUGGGAGCAAGUGAAUAGGAAGGAUGCGGAGGAUUAUGCAGGGGCAGUUGCUUCAGGUCUAAUGUGUGGUGAUGGGAUUUGGACGAUUCCAUCAGCAAUCCUGUCUAUUUUUAAGGUGAAUCCACCUAUCUGUAUGUACUUUGGGCCUUCUUUGAGCAGUUGAGUGG